AUGGAGGUCGACGCCGCCAGUAGAUAUCGAUCUCGUAUUCUUCGAGAAAUGAAAGCAAACCGCGACAAUCCAUUCAACUCCCCACCUUCAUCCACUGGCUCCCACGGCACCGUCAGCCCAACUGUUUCUUCCGUCUUCUCCGACCCAGACGGCGAGUCUACACGUAGACUCAACGAGGACAUUGCCCGUGUUACUGCUCCCCGAAGUCUGCCCAUCAAUUGGGAGGCUGCCCACCGCAAGUGGCCCGAGUUCUUUGGCAUCCCCAAGACACGUGAGGUGCCUGUUUACGACGACGACACUGAUCCUCGGCCUAUGAGUGCCGAGUCUAAGGAGAACAAACCUCCCGUGCCCCAUUUCAAGUUCGCCAUCGACGACAUCACACAAAAUACUUGGCAAGGUUCCGCUAGAACGCGCUCUGAGAUGCAACCUCGCGUCGAUAGCGAUUCCGACCUGUCUUCGAUCCUCGCCAAGUCUCCUGCCCGAGGACUUUCCCACCAGUCUUGGAACAAGAACACGCGCAACCCUAGCCCCCUGGCUAAAGUUCACACACGAGUUUCCUCCGAAUCAAUGGCAGGACAAAAGCAACAGCGACGAGACACGAUCUCGGACGCGUUUGAUCGCUUACGAAGUGGGGCAAGGAGCCCCGAGAUCCAGGGUCAGAACGAGCAAAACAAGUCCUCGCCGCAGAUGUCUUCGGCCAAAUCCAGUCUGACUGCUGUGCCUCCCUCACCGGCAUCCGUAGCUAGCCCCGCCCACAACGAAAGCAACGCCCGUUCCUUCUUCAUGCCUGACAUUUCUCAUCUUGGCGAUUUUGUGGAUGGUACACUUCGAUUCAGCGGCUCAAUGAGGGACGGUGUUCCCAUCUUUGUCAAGAAUGGCCGGGUUCAUGAUCGGUAUGAGAAGCCGUCUCUCUCAGUUCACGCUGAAGUGGACGAGGUCGAGGUUCCAGAAGACGAAGAGAAGAUUUUUGUAUCAAUGGAUAUGAUCCGUGAUGAAAUCAUCUCGCUUCAAGAACACUAUGACAAGGUCCAUGAGUAUGCCGAGAACCUACAAGAACAGGUUGAGCGAUUGGAGGCUCAGCUUAAGUCGCGAAAGUCGUUCGACGGUGACUAUGGCUCUAGCCGGGCCAACGAGCAUCUCAUGGCACAGAAGAAUCGCCUAGAGGUGGAAGUAUCUACUCUUCAAUCGCGCUUGGAACAAGCCUCGCGUAAAAUCAGCUUGAAUGAGAUUGAGAAUGACUCGUUGUCCCAAGAGCGAGACCGCGCAGUGAGGAAGUUGCAAGAGGCAUGCGAAGACAUCAACAAGCUUACUCGAAAGUUGAGCACGAAGCAGAAGGAAUUGGAUACGACCCACAGGCAGCUCGAGUCAACAGAGCAGAUUCGUAGCGAGAACGACACUCUGCGACGCGAUUUGAUGUCUCUUAAGCAUGGCCGCGACUCGCUAGAUGUUGAGAACCAGUCUCUUUUGGCCACCAACGAGACCCUACGAAAGGAGCAUGAAACUCUCAAGGAGGAGGCCGAGUCUCUUCGCACUGACAACAACAAUAUUCGACAUGAGCACCAGUCCAUGAUUAACGAGAAUCGUUCACUAAGAACAACCAACAAAACUCUUAUGGAUGAGAACGAAGAUCUCCGGGAAAACCUUGACAAUGUUCAGCAUGAGCUUGAUGCUGCCAAGGAAGAAAUUGAGACACUGCAGCAAGAACUCCAGAACGUGUCCCAGGAGAAGUCAACACUCGGCGAGGACAACGCAAGCCUCGUGCGACACAACGAGAAGUAUUUCGAAGAGAACAAGAUCCUUCGACGCGAGAACUCAGGCUUUGAACGAAGCAUUCAUGAUAUGCAUGAUGAAAACAUGAAGCUUAAGGAGGAAGUAGAGUUUCUCAAGCAGCAGUUGCAAUCCUAUCGGCCGGUUCCCAAGGAAGACUUUUCUGCUCGUCUUGAUGACGAGACGGAAGAGAACAUGACAUCAGCUUUCUUCAUUCCCGACAUCACUAUGAACAGCGACACCGGUGAUGUCGAUACGGUUGAGAACGCUCAAGCCACUGAGACUAAGGAACUCACCGAACAGACCGAUGAUAGUGCCAGGCUGCCGACUAUUCCUGAUGUCACAGAGGAGACUCGCACCCACACCAAGCGCGACAACACUUCCCACAGCGAAACUAAGCAGUCGCUGAGCAAGAGCAAGGGCUCCAAGUCUCUUGGCCAACAAAAGGUUGCCUUCUCAAUUCCUGGCAAGACUUCCAAGAAGAGCAGCUCCAACGUCGCAAACCAGGGUAGCAAGCGCCGAACAACUUCUGAUUCCAAGAGACGAAGCUCUUUGAAGGGCAUUGCUACCUACACUUACGAUAUGGAUACACUAGAGGACAAUGACGAGACUACUGGUGCCCAGUCUGUUGAGGAGGUCACCCAAGACAACUCAACACAGCUCAGCGUUGUCCCUAAGGCACGUAAGGAGGCCAAGACCUCCGAGCAUAAGCAACUCACUACACGCUCCACUCCUGUUCAGAGCGAGAAACCAAAACAUUCUCGAACCCGAUCUCAAUCCUCGCGCAAACAGGUCACAACCGACAUCACGGCUGAUAGCAUUAAGAGUAUGGACAAGGAUAACACCUGCCCUGUUCUCUCUAGCGAUGCUAAGAGAGUACUUGACGAUCUCUGUGAGCAUGAGUGUCGAAACUGCACUGUCUGUAGCCGCAUCACAUCCCACCGAGGCAUCUUCUCUUCCGCCGAUAUUGUCGCCGGCAAGAAGCGUGUGACUGUUCCUCGACCCAUCCCUGUUACUGACCGUGGUCUGUCAGAGGAUGCUACAAUGCGACCUGCCCAGCAUCCUGGUCAUGCGCUUGCUGUGGUUAUCAAAGGCCUGGAGGAUGAGUCACAUCACCUCCAACUUGAGCUCACCCGUAUCCAGGCUCAAUACAAUGGCCGCGAUAAGGCUCUAGGCCGUCGUGAGCGUCUUAGUCUUGCCGAGACUAUCCGUACACUACUCAAAUCGCUUGAGGCGAAGAACGACCAGAUUUACAGUCUUUAUGAUGUCCUUGAGGGUCAAAAGGCUGCUGGCCAGGCCAUGUCGGAGGAGGAGAUUGAGAUGACAGUCUUGAACAUCACUGGCAUGACAGUCCGCGAUGUUACUAGUCACAGUGACCAACUUACGUGGGAGGGUAUUCCUGAGCUAUGA